AUGCCAAAUGCGGCUGUUCCACAGGGUUCCCUGCCCUCAGAGUACUGGCCGGCGGGUCUGGACCCUAUCUUUGCCGACCAACCACCUCAAUCCCAGAAACUGCCCCAAUCCCAGCAAGAGCCAUUGGCGAUGAGCUGGGAUGGCCCGAUCUUCCAACAGCAGCGGGUCAGCCAGCUGUCAGACCAAAAUCAUGACAUCUACUCUUCCAUCCCACAGUCAUGGCAGCCGAAUCCACUGCAACAGAACCCCGAAUCCAGAGGCUACGCAGCACAGUACCAUCCAGCUUCCCAAGAUCCUCAAUACCAACAGGGCUCGAUGUCAUAUGACUCCCGCCCCCUGACGCCUUCCGAAUCCUCUGCCUUCCCAUCCUACUCGUUCCAACAAACCUACCUCCCUCAGCACCUUUCGGCUCAUGACUCGUUUCCGCAGCAAGCUGCUCGGCAGCAACCACCACCUCAACGGCCAACGGGGUAUCGGCCUAUUCAACCGAGCUACCCGGGGUUUCAACAUGGCUUGCUGAACAAUACGAUUGACCUGACCGCCAACGACUACGCGGACCCCGAACAGCGCAUCCCUCAACACAACACUAUCAACCCCCAAUUCCUGAACUCUGGACCUCAAGCCCCGACCCAGCAGUAUCAUGCCCCCAACAACUUCCUCUACGUAAAUCCCGCCGAGUUUGAACGGGCAGACAGUGGAAAAAUCAACUUUAAUUAUUUUCAAAACGAGUUUUCGCUUCAGCCACAACAGUCGCCCGCUGUGAAUCAACCGGGCCCUCAGGGACUGUCGGUCCAGCCAGGAAACCCAGUCCCAUAUCCACAGGUUGUGAUCCCGACCAAGAAGACUGUUGCCAAAGAACAAGCCCCGGCCAAGAAGACAGGCACCAAGACAGGCACCAAGGCAGCCGCCAAAAAGACAUCCAAGCCUUCGUCUCCAGCGUCAUAUACCGGUAGCUCUGACGAUUCCGAACUUGAGAUUGAAGCCCCUCCCGAGCCAUCCCCGAUCCCUCCCAUCCGACCGACCGAGCCCAUUGCCGCUGCUGAAUAUGACACGCUUCAAGCAGUAUGGUCCCCACGAAACAAGCGAGCGAGCGUGGACAAAGUCAAGAGUGCAUUAGCUGGAUUCCAACAACUUACACAGGUGGUCCGGGAUACAUGGAAACAGAAACUUCAAUCGAUGAAUGUUGCCGAAAACAAGGGUGACAACGUCACGGCCACAAUGCUCAAGCAUGAGGUCGUUUUCCAAAGGAAUAUGAUGGAUAAGAUUGUGAGCACGGCACUGGAGAUGGGUCACCCUACGGUUGUCGAGAAGUUGGGGGAACACCCAAGGAUCAUGGCGCAGAUCAACUCGUUUCUUGCGGACCGCUUCCAGGCAGCCGAUUUCGAAGGCACAUUUACCCUGAACCUUCUGAGGCUCCUUGCGCGUUUCGUAACCGUGGAUGAAGAGUUGCUACAGAAGACGAAUAAUACCCGAGUAGUGACGAAACUGGUGAAGAAAGGUGGGCAAGCCAAAGAGCUUUCCCAGAAGAUCUUGCACAAUGCGGCGGCUUCUACAAAGCGGAAACAGAGCAAUGGAAAGUCUACUUCUAAAGAGAAUUCACCCACGAAGAGUCACAUGCACUCUGCCUCGGUGAAUGGCUUCAAGACCGAAGUAGCUGGCUCCAAACGACCUCGCGAGGGCGAGGGCAGUGCCCAGCCCGCGAAGCGAAUGGUUGGAACUGCAAACACUAAGACUGCUACUGCCACCAAUGGUCCGGCGAAGCGGACAGGACCAAGUGCCCAGCCAGGCAAGUCGACUACUGUAGCUGCGCGUCCUAAGGCCAACAUCAUCGCCCCCAAUCCAUCUAGCCUGUUUGGUAGCUUGAGCUCUGCUUCGAAGAAACCAGGGACGACGAAUGCGGAGAGAAAGGCUGCCGCAGCCGCCGCAAAGCCUGCUGCUCCACUAAAGAAGGAGACAACGGCACCGCCUCCUCCGAGGCCUCCUCCGACCUCUCUUGGGGAUAUCAUGGCCGGACUCGACAAGCCCAAAGAGCCCGAGCCCGUAAAGCCUGUGGAGGAUCAACCCCCCGAGACCGAAGAAGAGCGUAAAAAGAGAUUGCGGAAGGAGGCUCGUCGCAAGCUGCGCGUGACUUGGAAACCAGAUGCUUCUCUGACUGAAGUUCGACUCUUCACCCAUGAUCCCGAUGAAGAGCUGGGCCCUGGUGAUGGCUCAAUGCGCGGAGCCGGUGACGUCAAGGGUGAAGGUAGCGUGCUCAAGUUGCACAAGAAUAUGGAUGAGCUUGAGGAAGAAGACCCUGGGUUGAAAGAGACUAUUUUCCACGAGUACCACGGUCUCUCUGAAAUCGUCAUUGAAAGUGAGGAUCUCAAGGGGUGCAACUUCUUUAAACGUCACGGCAACAAUCAGCCCACGAGCCCGGAGAAGGAAGCCCAAGAGCAUCGCGAGUCUACUACGCUCAUGGUCUUUUACACCAACCCUGCCGAGAUCCCUCCUUCCCCGAAGGAGCCACCUGCCGUUGAGUCCGAGGAACUUGCUCCUGCCGAGGUUCCUUUCGGGGAACUGCCUGACAUGAUCAAGGCUCGCCAGGAACGCUACACCCAUGUUCAACCUAAACCUGCUCCGCAGUCCAAUACCGCAGCUCCAGGAUCGGACAUCGCUGAUCUUCUGAAGAGGCUCGGGCAACCUGCCCCUGCAGCGCAACAGCUUGCGCAGCAGCAGCAGGCUCCACCGUUUGAUCUCGAAAAGACAGUCCAGAUGCUCAGCCAACAGCCUCAGCCGCUGCAGGCUCCACAGCUUCCCACCUUCCAGCCACAAGGACAAGGCUUCGAUAUGCAACAGUUCUUGGGUUUGAUGCAAGGCUUCAUGCCCUCGCACGCCCAGCAGCCACAACAGGCUGAAACGCUAGCGGGAUUUGGCGCGACAUUAUCCCAAAUUCUUGGCCAAAACCAGCAAGCUUUUCAGCAGCAGUCUCAGAGCCACGGAUACGAGGAUCCUGAGCGCAAACGCAUGCGCGGAAGCAACACGUACGAUGACGAAACCGCGGAGCAAUGGAGUCGGCAGAAGCGCAGCAAAAGCGGACCCAUGUCGCAUCCCAAAGCUGGAUCAGUGGCCUGCAGGUUCUGGAAAGAUGGCAUGUGCAGAAAAGGGGCUAACUGCACCUUCCGCCAUGACAAUUGA